UUGAGCAGGCGGGGAGCCGGGGCCAGUGUGUGGGGGAAGAUGGCGUGGCUCAGGUCGGUGUUGCGGUUGUUGGUGGAGCUGCUGGUGCUGCCGGUGACCAUCCUGUGCUACGCGGGGCUGUGGGACCCGCUGUACAAGCGCUUCUUCCCGCACCUCAUGUGCUCCUUCGUGGCCGACAUGAACAGGAAGAUGGCGAAGGUGAAGAAGGAGCUGUUUGACGAGCUGCCGGCCUUCGCGGCCCCGACGCCGACCGCGGCGCCGCUCAACGUGCUGGAGGUGGGCUGCGGCACCGGCGCCAACUUCCCCUUCUACCCCUGGGGCUGCAAGGUCACCUGCCUCGACCCCAACCCCAACUUCGAGCGCUUCUUGCGCCGCAGCGUCGCCGACAGCAGCCACGUCGAGCUGGACAGGUUCGUGCUGGGCAGCGCGGAGGACAUGAGGCAAGUGGACAGCGGAUCCAUGGACGCCGUGGUGUGUACACUCGUGUUGUGCAGCGUCCGCGACAUCAACCGCGCCUUGAGCGAGAUCCUCCGUGUGCUCAAACCGGGCGGCGGGUUUUUCUUCAUCGAGCACGUGGCUGCCGCGAAGACAGGGUGGCUGCACUUCUUUCAACACGUGGUUCAGCCAGCGUGGCGUUACUUUGGCGACGGCUGCAGCCUGACCUGCGACACUGAGGCGCACCUCGAGAAAGCCAAAUUCUCCAAGCUGCAUUUGAAGUACUUCACGGAGCCGAUGGCCUUCAGGCUGAUCAAUGACCAUGUUGUUGGGUAUGGAGUCAAAUGAGAAAGUGGGCCACGUGACUACCUUACCGAAGGUGCUUUGUCUCUGGAUUACGUAUUGUCAAUCCUAGCUGAAUUUAGCGUUCAUCAGUUAAUUGCAAGAGUUGCUUAGAUUAAUUUUAAUUCAGUCCUGUUAAGUUGGUGUGUUAUGUAGUGGGGUGCCGCAAGGCUUGGUGCUGGGACCGCAGAUAUUUACAAUAUACAUCAAUGAUUUGGAUGAAGGGAUUCAAAGUAACAUUAGCAAAUUUGCAGAUGAUGCAAAG